AUGUUUUCUGUUCCUGAUGAGGAGUUUUUGACACAUCUCCAUAAAGUCCAGAGUGAAGUCCUCAGAUGUGGCUCCUCUCAGGAUCCUCACAGUGAACCGUACGACUUGGCUGGAUUCAUGAGAAAAUAUUUCCCACUUCAAACCGACACCACAACAGUGAAGACCCCAGACCUGCACCAUGAGACCACAGACUCAGCGAAGACCACAGACCUGCAGCAUGAGACCAGAGACUCGGUGAGGACCCCAGACUCAGUGAAGACCCCAGACCUGCAGCAUGAAGCAGGAAGUGACGCAGAGAUCCUCAAACCUGGUUCAGACUCAGAGAAGACCCCAGACUCGGGGAAGACCACAGACCUGAAGAAUGAAGCAGGAAGUGAUGCAGAGUUCUUCAAACCUGAUUUGGAGCUCCAUAGUGAUGGUUAUGAGGAACCAGAUGCUUCAGGAAUAUACACGGUUUUGAAUCAAAGAAGUGAUGUGUAUGAAACAAUCCCUGAGAAGCCGACUACAACCUUCACAAAGGACAUCAACGAAAGAACUGUUCGAAAGCAACCAAUGGAAGUUUCUUUUAUCUAA